AUGUCUGGUAUUUGGUCAAGUGGGAAUAACUCACCUACUCAGACAAAUACAAAUUUAUCAUCUUUUGAAAAUAAUUUACAAUAUAAAUCAGUUUUAGAUCAAAUUGAUCCAGAUGUUGCAAAAUUUUUAUCAAGUGAUAAUAUAAACAAUCCGUUUGAAAGAAGAUUAUCAUUUAAUGAUGAGAGUGAUAUAAUGGAUCAAAAUCAAAAUUUCUUUGGUGGGUUUAAAAGAGGUGCUUUGUCUGCUAUAACUGCACCAGUUGGUGGAAAUAAUAAUAAUAAUAAUAACCACCAAAAUAAUAAUCAAGUCGUUUUUGGUACUGCUAGUAUUAGCGGUGGUAUUGCAAAUAGACAUCCACCCCCACAACAAGAUUCAUUUUUACAAAAAUUUUCAAAUAUCGGUGAUGUUACAAGAGAAGCUGUUACAAAUGGAAAUUCAAGAAGAACAAGUCUUAAUAAUGAUAAUAAAAAUGCUAGUGCUUCAAUUGGUUUAUAUAAUGGUGGUUCAAAUGGUAGUAAUAAAUCAUUAAAUGAAAAUUUAAAUAUGCCUGCUCCAACAAGAACUUCAAGACAUCAAUCAAUAAGUGAAAAAAUUGAUAAUUAUAAUAUAAAUAAUAAUAAUUCUCCAAUUCAAACAACUGCUAAAUUAUCAUUAGCUUCAGAUUCAAAUGAAAAUUUUAAUAACUCCCAAAAUAAUAAUGUAAAUAAUUCAAAUCAUAUACCACAAAAUUUUUGGAAUCCAGCUACUGCUACUUCAUUUACACCUCAACAAAAUUAUUUUAUUGAUAAUUUACCACCUCAUCCACCAAUACCUCAUCCUCAAAUGCCUCCUCAAUUUAGUCAAAAUUUAUAUAGAAAUGGUCAACCAACAGCAAAUUUUCAACAAAUUAGUCCUCCUCCACCUCCAUUUAUGAUCCCAUCACCUCCACCUCCACCUCCCCAAUUUAUGGAUCCUGGUUUAUUUAAUAUGAUUUAUGGUCAAAUUCCAGAACAAGACGAAAAAAACGAAGUUGAAAAAGAAGAUAAAAAGGAUACUAAAGUUGAUAAAGAAAAAGAAGAUAAUAGAGAUAUUAAAAAUGAUCAAGAUACUAAUAAGAAAACUCCUGGACCUGGUCAAAUUGGUGUAGGAUUAAUGAAUCGUCAAUUUUCUCCAGCUUCAUUUAUGUUUCAUCAUUUUAAUCCUUAUUCAAUGUAUCAACAAUCACCUCCAUUAGUUCCUCCUCCUGAAGCAUUAAGAGGUUUAUCAUCACCACCACCAAUUCCAGGUAUGCAAAUGCCACCUGUUUCUCAUCAAUUACCUGUAUCACCACCUCCUAAUGCUCCACAAAAUGUGCAACAACAACAACCACAAUCACAACCUUCAAAACCUGCACCAGUAAAAGAAUCAAAAAAGAAAUCAAAUGGUAAAAAUAAACCUACUGGUGGUGGUUCUCAUAUUUAUCGUUCACCAUUAUUAGAAGAAGUUAGAUCAAAUCCAAAAAAUAAGGAAUUUUAUCUUAAAGAUAUUUAUGGACAUGCAAUUGAAUUUACAAAAGAUCAACAUGGUUCAAGAUUUAUUCAACAAAAAUUACCAGAUGCAACAGAAGAAGAAAAAGAAAUGAUUUUUAAUGAAAUUAGAGAUAUAUCAUAUGAAUUAAUGACUGAUGUAUUUGGUAAUUAUGUUAUACAAAAAUAUUUUGAACAUGGUUCAAAAAUUCAAAAACAAAUUUUAUUGGAACAAAUGUUGGGACAUAUUUAUGAAUUAUCAUUACAAAUGUAUGGUUGUAGAGUUGUUCAAAGAGCAUUAGAAGCUAGUGAUAUUGAAGAUGGACAAUUAAAAAUUAUUGAAGAAUUAAAAGAUCAUAUAUUAAUUUGUUCAAAAGAUCAAAAUGGUAAUCAUGUAAUACAAAAAUCAAUUGAAAGAAUUAAACCAUUUGAUAAAAUUAGAUUUAUACUUAUUAGUUUAAAAGAUCAAAUUUAUCAUUUAUCAACUCAUCCAUAUGGAUGUAGAGUUAUACAAAGAUUACUUGAAUUUUCAAAUCGUGAUGAUCAAAAAUUAAUUUUAUCAGAAUUAAAUAAAUUUAUUUAUUAUUUAAUUCAAGAUCAAUAUGGUAAUUAUGUAAUGCAACAUAUUUUAGAGCAUGGUAAAAAUGAAGAAAAAGAAGAAAUUCUUAAAAUAGUUUUAGGUAAUGUUGUUUCAUUUUCAAAACAUAAAUUUGCAAGUAAUGUAAUUGAAAAAUGUAUUAAAUUUGGUAAUAAACAACAAAGAAUUAGAAUUUUAAAUGAAGUAAUGUUAAAUAAUCAAAAUAUUAAUAUUGAAGUUGUUAAUGAUGAUUCUCCAUUAGCUUUAAUGAUGAAGGAUCAAUAUGCAAAUUAUGUUAUUCAAAAAUUAGUAGAAGCAUUUGAUUCAAAAUCUCAAGAAAAGAAAAUAUUGGUUUUAAAAUUAAGACAAUAUUUAAAACAAUUAUCAAAUAAAAAUAAUUUUGGUGGUAAACAUUUAGCAAGUGUUGAAAAAAUGAUUAUUGUUGCAGAAACUGCAUUAGAUGAAUAA